AUGUAUCGUCGCUCGUAUGUUAAUCCUUCAAUGGACGAUCAAGAGCCUGAAGAGAAGCUAGUCCUUCCCUCGAUCUCCCGGAUUUUGGAUAACCGUGAUAGAGCUCCAUCGUCUUUAACCCUUCCUCCUUUGCCCGAUCCUUCAAUGCAAAGAACUCGCCCAGAAAACUGGGGUCAGUUCUCGUAUCCCAACGUGAGCCUUUCCCCCAAGUUCGAAUUUGCUAACUACGCGACUAAAGUUUCAACGAAGGAAUACCUAAUGAACCCCGUACAGAAUGACCACCAAUACACGUCUUCCAGACCUCAUGAUUCUACUCCGGAUCCUCAUGCUUCUGCAUUGCAGACGGACCAUGCACUUUCUCUUCUUCAAUCGCACUCGCGACAACGUCAGCAGUACGCGACGAAUACUCCCUUUUCUCCCUACGCAUAUUCGCAAGGUCCUAGCACUUCAAGUCGCGAUGGAUAUCAGGCCAUGGACCCAUCCGCUUCCUAUGUUGGGCCAAGUGAUGCUCCAAUUCAGAAUCCUCGUGCCUAUUACAUGUAUGCGCCUCUUCAGCGGUCGAAGUCCUAUCACUCAUUCGAAAGUAACUCAAGGCACGCCUCGUCGAGUUCUGCCACGUAUCGACAUGCAAACCUAUAUGGCCAGAGAAUUCCUGAUAACACCUCAUCGAAUUCGAAGCAUGAGUGUGAGUACUGUGGUAAGAAAUUUAGUCGUCCAAGUGGCCUCAAGAUCCACAUGACUACACACAACGGAGAAAAACCCUAUGUCUGUCCUCAAGAAGGAUGUCAUCGCGCAUUUAGCGUUCGGAGCAACAUGCGUCGACAUGUCCGCAUCGUCCAUCAGAACUCUCAAGGGAAUAUCACCUCCGACUCUAGUGAAGACGGUGAUUCCGUGAGAGAAGCUUCCGUUUAA